CACAAGUUUUAAUAAGAAAUUAACAAAAGCAUACCAGGAUCAUACAAACAUAGCCAAAGAUACCAUACAGUGGUAUCGAGAUCACAACAUUGUAUAAUAUAAAUAUGGAAGUUAUAUGACAGCAAUUAAAAUUAUUUCUGAGUAUAUCUGAUUAUAUUUGAUUGUUUCAUUAAAAAUUCUAAAGUUAUGAGAAUUAUACAAGGUAAAAAAACAAACCAUAACAAAACAUUAGAAAUGGACACAGCAACAUUUGUACCACAUACAAAAUAUGAAAUACAAACUUAAUGGACAAUUUUAUCAACAACACCUGUACAGGUGUUACACAUCAACAUCACCUUUACAGGUGUAACACAUCAACAACACCUGUACAGAUGUAACACAUCAACAUCACCUGUACAGGUGUUACACAUCAACAUCACCUUUACAGGUGUUACACAUCAACAUCACCUGUACAGGUGUUACACAUCAACAUCACCUUUACAGAUGUUACACAUCAACAUCACCUGUACAGGUGUUACACAUCAACAACACCUGUACAGGUGUUACACAUCAACAUCACCUGUACAGGUGUUACACAUCAACGACAUCUGUACAGGUGUUACACAUCAACGACAUCUGUACAGGUGUUACACAUCAACAUCAUCUGUACAGGUGUUACACAUCAACAACACCUGUACAGGUGUUACACAUCAACAUCAUCUGUACAGGUGUUACACAUCAACAACACCUGUACAGGUGUUACACAUCAACAUCACCUUUACAGAUGUUACACAUCAACAUCACCUGUACAGGUGUUACACAUCAACAUCACCUGUACAGGUGUUACACAUCAACAUCACCUGUACAGGUGUUACACAUCAAUGACACCUGUACAGAUGUUACACAUCAACAUCACCUGUACAGGUGUUACACAUCAACAACACCUGUACAGGUGUUACACAUCAACAUCACCUGUACAGGUGUUACACAUCAACGACAUCUGUACAGGUGUUACACAUCAACAUCACCUUUACAGAUGUUACACAUCAACAUCACCUGUACAGGUGUUACACAUCAACGACAUCUGUACAGGUGUUACACAUCAACAUCAUCUGUACAGGUGUUACACAUCAACAACACCUGUACAGGUGUUACACAUCAACAUCAUCUGUACAGGUGUUACACAUCAACAACACCUGUACAGGUGUUACACAUCAACAUCACCUUUACAGAUGUUACACAUCAACAUCACCUGUACAGGUGUUACACAUCAACAUCACCUGUACAGGUGUUACACAUCAACGACACCUGUACAGGUGUUACACAUCAACGACAUCUGUACAGGUGUUACACAUCAACGACAUCUGUACAGGUGUUACACAUCAACAUCAUCUGUACAGGUGUUACACAUCAACAACACCUGUACAGGUGUUACACAUCAACAUCAUCUGUACAGGUGUUACACAUCAACAACACCUGUACAGGUGUUACACAUCAACAUCACCUUUACAGAUGUUACACAUCAACAUCACCUGUACAGGUGUUACACAUCAACAUCACCUGUACAGGUGUUACACAUCAACAUCACCUGUACAGGUGUUACACAUCAAUGACACCUGUACAGGUGUUACACAUCAACAACACCUGUACAGAUGUUACACAUCAACGACACCUGUACAGGUGUUACACAUCAAUGACACCUGUACAGGUGUUACACAUCAACAACAUCUGUUGGAUACCACCAGUGGAUAGUGGAUACCACCAGUGGAUACUACAAGUAGAUACCAUCAGUGGAUACUACAAGUGGAUACCACCAGUGGAUACCACCAGUGGAUACCACAAAUGGAUAGUGGAUACCACCAGUAAAUACAACCAGUUGAUACAACAAGUGGAUACCAUCAGUGGAUACCACCAGUAUAUACCACUACUGGUUACCACCAGUGGAUACCAUCAGUGGAUAGAACCAGUGGAUACCAUCAGUGGAUACAACCAGUAG